CAUGGUCAUAGCUUCACUUGCUUACCCACGCAAAUAGCCCACCGCCAGCAGAUGCUAUCUGUGUGUGCGACAGCCGUGAUUGCCGCCCUCGGCUGCCUGGGGCGCGUUGCGGCUCAAUGCUCGGGCAAUGGUACGGCAGACAUGAUGUCGCGGGCUAUCAAGAAGCUGCAGAGCGACGGCACCCUCAACCAGCCCUUCAUGUGGGGCACCGCCACGGCGGCGUACCAGGCAUGAUAAUGCACGACACAGCUGGACACACGCCAGGAAGCAGCACUGUGUGUGCGUGGCGUGCGGAUCUCUGUGUGUGUCUGUGUCUGUGUCUGUCUGUCUGUGUGUGUGUGUGCAGGUCGAGGGGGCAUGGAAAGAGGGCGGGCGUUCCCCGAGCCACUGGGACACAUUUACGCACAACAAAGGAAUGGAAAAUGUACGGGCCUAAGUACACACACUACAGCUGGCGGGGAGGCGUUCCGAUCACAGCUGCUGGGAUUGGCGUGUCUGUCUGUCUGUCUGUCUGUCUCCAUGGCUGUAUGUUUGCAGGGCGAUGUGGCCUGCGAUUUUUACCACAAGUACCCGGAGGACAUCCAGCUGAUGAAGCAGCUGGGCUUCACGCACUUCCGCUAUUCCAUCAGUUGGUCACGGGUCAUGAACGGCGAACUGAGGAAUGAACAGGGUGUGGUGCACACGCACGCACACCAAGGCAGAAGGCACGGCACACUGCCACUGCACUGCCACCUGACACGUGACACGAGCUAUGUACGUGUGUUUUCGUGUGUCUGGGCUGAUGUGUGUGGAUCGCGUCCAUGCAGGUAUUCAGUUUUAUCGCGAUCUGACGCAGGAGCUGCUGCGGAACAACAUCGAGCCAGUCGUGACGCUCUACCACUGGGACCUUCCUGAGUAGGCUAUGGCCGGCAGGGAGGGAGGGAGGGAGGGGUCGACAACGCCCGCAUCUCCGCCACAUUCACACGCAUCUGCUCUCUGUGUGUCUGUUGGGUGCCUGUGUACCUACGACUGCAGUCAGUACGACUGGCGCGACGAGAACGUCGUGAAUGCAUUUGCCGAGUUUGCGGACCUGAUGUUCUCGGAGCUCACCGAUGUCAAACACUGGAUCACCGUAAGAAAGAGGCAGGCCAAUCACUCACGACCAGCCAAAGGAUGGACCGUGUGUUGUGUUUGUGUGCAUUGUGUGUGUUGUGUGUGUGACGCAUGUGACCAAUACCAACGCAUCGAUCGAUCGGCAUGUCCAGCUCAACGAGCCUUGGGUGUUUUGCGCCCUUGGAUACCAUUACGGCUUGCGUAAGAGGGAGACUGGCGGACUAUGCCAUCUGGUGUGUGGAGGGUUGUGUGUGUGCAUCUAUCUGUUCAGAUGCCCCUGGGACGGAAGGGCCUGAGACAGGCAUGCUGCAGUGCGGACACAACGCCCUGAAAGCGCACGCCAGGGUGGGUGGGUGGCUGGGCGGGUGGCGGGGCGAUACACACAGAGAGAGGGAUGACAGAACGAGGGCACACACACUCACACACACUGACUGCGUUUUGUUUGGGUGUGUGUUCCUCCCUCCCUCAAGGCGUAUGGCGUCUUCAAGGAGAGGUACGACCCUCAUCGGCCGGGUGCGAAGGUCGGAAUCGCAUUAAGCAGCCAUUGGUUCGAGCCGCUCGAGCCCAGCAAUGCCGCCGACCAGGAACUCUCAGAGAAAAAGAGGGACCUGAUGCUGGGGUGGUUCGCUGAACCGGUAGGGCAACACGCAGACAAGGAAGGCAUCAGUGUGAGUGUGGGUGGGGUGUUUCGUGUGGAUCAGGUAUAUGGUUCAGGCGACUAUCCGCCGAACGUGAAGUCUCACUAUGGCGAUCAGUUGCCCGUCUUCAGUGAGGCCGAGAAGGCGAUGAUCAAAGGCUCCAGUGAUUUUUUCGGGCUGAACCACUACACGUCUGUGUACGUUCGUCACACAGACAGACGACACACAGAUGCAUUUCCCGCGAAGUCGAUGUGCAUGUGUGUGUGGUGUGUGUGCAGGUAUGUGGACUCGACAAGGGGAGGGGGCAGCGACGAGACGAGGAUCAAGCAUGGUGCCCCGAUCGGCGCCCUUGCGGGGUCUGAAUGGCUCUACGUGGUGCCCUGGGGAUUCAAUCGGAUACUCACCUAUAUCAAGACACGAUGGGACCCCAAGGCAAUAGUCGUCACCGAAAAUGGUCAGUCAGCGCCUUUGUCUCUCCUCCCAUGGCUGUCCAUCUCCUUUGUGUGCUGCAGGGAUGUCUGAUGCUGACACGUCCGAUGUGACCUCUCUCGUCAACGAUUACAGCAGGUGCCGUACACACGCACAGACAUCUGUGUCACUGAUAUCACUGUGUGUGUGUGUAUCUGUGUGCGCAGGAUCGCUUUCUUCGAGGGCUACUUGACUGAGAUGGCCAAGGCAAUCCUACACAAUGACGUGCCGCUUGUCGGGUACCUCGCGUGGUCACUGCUCGAUAACUUCGAGUGGGAAGACGGCUAUGCCGAACGCUUUGGUUUGAUUUAUGUGGACUUUAACGACCCGGGGCGCCGUCGAGUGGUCAAACAGAGCGCCGAAUAUCUCGGGUGUGUGAGCGCUUCAAUGACCGCACACGCAAAAGAAGCCCAUGUCUAUGUGUCUUUCUGAAUUCGCUGGUUUUUCGCAGAGGUCUGAUCGCUCAAGCAGAGCUGUGCCGCUGAUCCACAGGCCGGCCGGCGCGGCUGCAAUGGUGAACAUCGACAAGUGCGGAUUUUACAGUGGGUGGGCUGGAAACGAAUCGCGUGUUCCCAUCUGUGCACCAUCGCAGUGAUCGCAGUGAUUCUCAUAGUAUGUGUGCAAUUUUCGCCACGCCAAGAAGAGACAGAGCAAUUGAGUGCGAGAAGAGAGCUCAGAAGAUCGAG